AUGAAUGUACAAAUAUAUAUAUCCAAUCUUCUCAUCUUUUGUUUCUUUCUAUCCAUAUUCUCGUCUCUUAUAUAUAUAUUUUUCUCCCUCUUUUGCUUUUUAAAUAUUCUCCGAUAUUCCUCCCUGCUCUUCCUUCUCCUUGAUUUUUCCUCUCCCUCUUUUAUAUCCUCCUUUUUAAACCUUUCCUCUCCCUCUUUCGCUCUCCUCUCCCUCUUUUACUCUCCUCUAUAUAUAUUUAUAUUUAUAUAUCUAUUUAAUUCUUUCUAUAAAUUUUCCUUUCCUCUCACUUUUUCACUCUCCUCUCCCUCUUUUACUCUCCUCUCCCUCUUUCCUUUCCUAUAUAUUUUAGUCUUCUCUCCAUUUCCUUUUCCUCUCCCUUUUCAUUUCUCCUCUCCCUCUUUCCUUUCCUGUAAAGAUUAUAUCUCCUCUCCUCAUUUCUGCUUUCCUAUAUAUAUCACUUAUUUCUCCCCUCUUUCCUUUCCUCUCCUUUUUUUCUCUCCUCUCCCUCUUUUUUUCUUCUAUAUUUUUAUACUCCUCUCCUCUUUCCUUUCAAUCCCUCUUUCGCUCUCAUUCCAUCUUUCCUUUCCUCUCCCUCUUAAACUCCUCUCCCAUUUCUCUCUUUCUUCCUCUUUCCUUUCCUCUCCCUCUUUUAAACCUCUCCCUCAUCUAAACACUCCCUUUUCACUCUCCUCUUCCUCUUUUAACCUCUCCCUCUUUCUCUCUCCUCUCCCUUGCACUUUUCCUCUCCCUCUUUCCUUUCCUCUCCUUUUCUCUCUCCUCUCCCUCUUUCGCUUUCCUCUCCCUCUUUCGCUCUCCUCUCCCUCUUUCGCUUUCCUCUCCCUUUUUCACUCUCCUCUCCCUCUUUCGCUUUCCUCUCCCUCUUUCUCUCUCCUCUCCCUCUUUCUCUCUCCUCUCCCUCUUUCACUCCCCUCUCCCUCUUUCGCUUUCCUCUCCAACACUUUCUGUUUUCCACAUUCAUGCUCGUCUGUCCAUCAAUUUCUGCUACACUCACUUCCUCCUUAUCCCUCCUCCUCAUGCCUCUCUAGUUUUCCUCUAUAUCUCUCCGCCCCCUCUCUCUCUCUUUCCCUCUUCUCCGCCAAUUUUUUCUCCUCAAUCUCUUUUUUUUUUCUUCAUUUCUGCUCCUCCCUCUUUCACUCUCAUCCAUCACUUUCUGCUAAACUCUCUAUCUUAUCCGCCGCCCCAUCUUUUCUAUCUAUCUCCUCCCCUUCUCUUCCAGUUUCUCACUGUCGCUCUUCCAUUUUGUCCCCCCUCUCUAUCGCUUUUCUGUUCUUCUCUAUUUUUUUUCCUCACUGUCUCUUUUCCACCUUCUAUCUUUCCUUCUAUUCUACUAUCAGUUGGUCAGUCUCUCCUCUCUCAGUUCAUUGCAAAAAUCCUCCUUUCCAUUUCUUUCUAAUUUUCCCUCUCUCUCCCUUCCCUCUAUUAACCUCCUGUUCAUCUCUCUCUAUCCCCCCCUCUCCAUCUCUUUCUGCUACACACGCUAGAAAACCCUUCUUCUCCCUACUAUAUCUUCUUUACCAUCAUUUUCCUCCACCUCUUUAUAUGAAAAAAUUUCUCUCUUUCACUCGUCCUCCUCUCUGUUAUUUCUUAAUUAUUCUCCUCUCCGUCUCUUUUUCACUUUUUCUCAAGCCAUCCUCUUUAUCAUUUUCAGCUCUCUCUCUGCUCCUUCAAAGAACUAACCAAAGAAAAUUCUUUCGUUCACCCCUCAUGAUAUUUCUCCCCCUCUCAAGCCCUCCUCUCCAUCACUCUCAGCUCCUCUCUCUCUUUUAA